GAUCCAACCAAAGGUUUUGCGUUGAAACUAUUAUCACCGAAAAAAAAUUCUUUCCGAUGAACUGAUUCACUCUCUUCAAGCUUGAAAACAGAAAAGAAAUGAGUACGAACCGUACGAACGAAUUCACGUCGAACCGAAAUAAAUUUUGCUUCUGAAAACAACCACCGCUUAGACGUUUGUAGAGAUAACAAGCAACAAAAAAUGCCAGUCAGCUGCGUUUGGAACAUUGAUAGUCAUAUAUCUGUUGUCAGCAGAGUAGCUUUUAUUAUAUUAUGCAAGUUUUUUUUAACAAUCAUCUACAAACGAAUAUUUCUAGCUUAUUCGUUGUAAGUCCCACUAGGCGAACAACAGCUGCGAGAACCAACUUUAAAAAUGGAUCGCCCAGAAUAGGUCCCUUUCGAAUGGUACGCUGAAUUCAUUACCUGUAUUACAGGAAGUCAAAUAAAUUAACACUGAGGGAUAUAAGGCGAAGACAUCUCCUCUAUUUUUCAAGUCCGCACGCGAACGAUUGCUUGCAAAAAAGUGAACCAUAAAUAAUCUUAUCAGUUGCGCACCGUCACGUCACCACCAAAAGCUGUGCUGCUGUGGCUACCAGGUAUGAGAAACUAGUGACCACAUCCAAUAUCACACGCAGCAGUUUCCCAACGCACUCUGAAGAUGAACGACCAGCAGAUUCGUGAGGCAUUCGAUCUCGCCCUAGAGCUGACCAAACAGUGCGGACCAAUUGUGCUGGAAGGUUUUCACAACUCGUCGAAGGAUGUAGCCAGCAAGGGCCGCCACUUGGAUCUGGUCACGGAGUACGACCGCGGGGUGGAGGAUGUGUUGAUUGAGGGAUUGAAAAAACGCUACCCCGAUCAUCGGAUGCUGGGCGAGGAAAGUUCGACCAAGGCCAGUCGCAAGGAAGCCCUCGACGACAGGCCAACGUGGAUCAUUGAUCCCAUCGAUGGAACGGUGAACUUUGUUCGCGGUGUGAAAUUCAUCGCCAUUUCGGUGGCACUUGUGGUGGCGAAGAAGCUGAAGAUUGGCAUACUGUACAAUCCGUGCCUGGAUGAGAUGUACACGGCGAUUGAUGGACAGGGAGCGUUUCUGAAUGGCAAAAAGAUUAGAGUUAGUGGGAUCGAAGACCUAAAAAGUGCGUUGGUUGGGCAUGAACUUACGAUUGCCAGCCACCCGCUCGCCCGACCGCACAUGUUGGGUCGCGGAGAGGAGUUCAUCAAGGAAUGUGUCGGCAUAAGGGCACUGGGUUCCGCUGCCCUGUCGUUGGGGUACCUGGCAAGUGGCAACCUGGACGCUUACAGCAUCGAAUAUCUGAAACCGUGGGACAUAGCAGCGGGAGCGAUUAUCAUACGGGAAGCUGGCGGCGUAGUUAUGAACAUCAACGGGGGCGAGUACGAUAUUCUGAAGCCGGAUAUCAUCGCCGCUAGCAGUGAGAAGUUGGCGCAACGAUUGCUUGAAAUCGUUAGGCAAGUGAACGAUAAGGUUAAUCAAAAGCAAGUGCAGUAAUAGUUGUUUCGGUUACACGCUGCAGAACAAUGGAGGUUUACAACAAACUAGGUUUACCCACGAUUGUAUGCAAUGGCAAGAAAUCUCAAGGUUUAUACAACUAGAAACAAGUUGAUUCUUCUCUAUUAGUGUUGAAUUUAAUCUCGAAUUAAAAAAGCACGCUAAUAAAGUAUAUACAAAAAAAUAAUUCUAAAAUGUAUUCUUUAGCAACUUUAUGCAAUAUGUUUGACAAAAGAUACCAUGAACAUUAAAAACAAUUCCAAUAUAUUAUGUAUCAAUGUUUAGCCGUCUAGUAAUAGUCAAGGAGCUAAGCUGACCUUGGUAGGUUUUGUCCUACUAUUGUAAGAGUUUCUACCUUCAUUUUUCUAGAACAACAAACAUUAUUUCUAAAAAAAAACUUCUGUAAAAAUGGGGCAAAACCGGUCAAAGCUGUCAUUAAAUUUUCUUUUAUUUGGUUUGAUAUCAUGAGUGUACCAUAUUGUUCGCAGUUAAGCCGUUU